AUGUCUUCCUUCGCUUACAUGUUCUUGAUGAUCCUUCUCAACACUGUUCAUGCCGAAUUGUGGAUGCACGUCAACGUAGUUUCAGUCGAAAGAAAGGCUUGUCCCAUUGAUGAAACUUCGUGGGGAACUGAAACGAAUGGUUGUGCGUCGAUGAGCUAUAUGACUCUUGACGAGCGCAUCGUCCCACAUCACGAACGCCGUUCAUCCAGCUUCGAAUACGUCAAUGGGAUUCCUCGACCAACAGUAACACACUGGCCGAAGGGAAGACUUGCUGAUUGGAUGAUAUCCAUUCAAUUCAUUUCCGUUGAUCCUGUGUACGGAUUGGCGAGAACCUGCGAUCGAUCUGGCUACAUCAGAGUCUUCCAAAACGAGAUAUCGAAUUUGAAUUUCCAACCAGAAUUCGUAGAAAAAACGUUGCAGAUUCAAGGACAAUGCUUCACUGCUACUGUCAAAGUUCAAGCGUCAUCUGAUGUGUGUCCAUGGUGUGUUGAUGAAUCAAAAACAACCACUACUACUACUACUACUACAUUGACUCCGUCGUCCUCACCAGAAGCACUUUUCUCAUUCGAUUCAAAUAAUACCUCUGUACUCAUCGCCAUGGCCGUUCUCGCUAUUUUUUCAUUUUUGGCACUCACCGCCACAACCGCACUUCUGGUAGUCUAUAUUAUCGACAGAAAGAAACCAGAGUUUUUCGAUUUACCACCUCCACAGGCUAAUAGCACUGUUCUCGCUAGAAGCGAUCAAACUGACAUUUUCACAUCAAAAUCAUCGGAACGAUGGACAGAAUACGGCUGUGAAACAUGGGCAUCUUUCCAGCCACUCAAAAUAUCGCCAAGAGAGACUUGCGUCUAUAAAGUAACACAAGAAGACGAAGAGGAUUCAAGUGAUUCGGAAAUGCUUCUCUUCAAUAAUUUGCCAUAG